AUAAGCGCGUUUCCGAGUGUACAAAUGCAAUGCUUCGCUGACUUUGUUUAUCAGUAAUCCAGGUGAAAUUAUAACUGUGUGAUUUACUGCGGUAUUGGUGGUUAACAUCGCUCAACUGCAAAAAGUGAUGGGAAUAUUAUGAGACGGUUGUCUUGGAACAUCGCCUGUGAUCAUACGCAUGCACACGACUAUUUUCUUAGCGGUGUUCAACACGACUUCGCACACCAUGUUUCUUCACGGCCGAGCUGACACAGCUGUUGAAGACGCUAAUUUAAGGGGUCAGCUAAUUCAGAUUCACCGAGUUUCCUGCGUAUUGCUGCUCCACAAACAUCGAUGAGCAUGCGUUUUACGCAAUUACUCCUGCUUUUGACUUUGAUCUCGCUUUGCUGGUGCCGCAAAGGCGGUAGGAAGCUAGACUCGAUCAGUUGCGCUGACCGUAACCGUCUGAUCGGGAUCGCCGAGCGCGACCGGGUGGUGACGGUCGAGCGGCUGCCGGGCUCUCGGGUCAGCCUCACGUGCCACCACUGCGACGAGCGCGACGACCACUCCUCCAAGCGCUGGUACUUCACCACCGACCUGUGGGCGGUCGACGUGCCCGGAAAGCCAGUGGAGCUCGACGCCGGUGACUCGGCGCGCGUCACCGUCGGGCCAGACCACACGCUGGUGAUCAAAGAACUGGAUGUGAAUGACACCGGCAUGUACUACUGCUUCGAUCGGUACCACACGGACGGCCAGCACAAGUACAUCUACACGGUGGACAUGCUGUUCCCGCAGAGGACGCCGCCGGUGGAGGGAUCGACUGAACGCGACCUGGACAAAUACAAGGAGAAGUACAUCAACGAAACCACCACGAAGAAGCUCAAGACGUACUUCCGUUUCGAGGACAUCCAGCUGUAUUUGUCGUGGGCCCCGUGGUCGACGUGUCACGGCUGCAAGGGCCAGCCGGGCCAGAUGUGGCGUAUGGGGACGCUGCGACAGCGCAAUGUUGAUUUCGAGCAGGAUGACUUGAAGAACACCCGCGGAAGGACAUCGGUUUCCUACAAGACCGGUCUGGCAGCGCGCUCCAUGCAUGUCUUCUUGCACGAAAAGCAGCUGAGUCUGGUCUUACGGGAGCUGCCUGAUUAUCUUCAAAGGCGAAACUGCUCCAACCCACGACGCUGCAAGAGCAAAAAGAGUGCCGCCGACUCUCUUAGAGAGCGUUCCUUCCUGGCGGCUCUCGGACCGGCUCCUCGCAAGCGCUUUCAAGCAGCAGUCUUCGAACAGGACCCGGCCAUCCUCGAGUGUCCCUGGCCGCCCGAGAAGACAAUACGUAAGAAGCUGAAGAAGAUGGUAGCAGACACGGCGAUCGGCAGCAUGCUCGGCGUCCGCAUGGAGCGGCCACGGGACCGCGACAUCACCUGGUUCUACUAUAACCGCGUCAUCAACAAGUCGUCCGUGUUCGCCGACAGCGGCCACCGGAUGCGCGUGUCGCGCGACGGCCGUCUCAUGAUCGCCUCGGUACGUCGCGACGACCGCGGCCGGUACAGCUGCGCAGAGGAAGGCGUCGAGAUCGCUGUCAUCCAGCUCACCAUCAAGCCGACCUACAGUCUGGCGCAGUCGCGAACUUCGCUGCGCGUCCUGGCCAUCGGUUUCGUCCUCGACCUGUGUCUGUUCACCUUCUUCCUGGUGGUGCUGUACCGACAGAGGAGGGUGCAGCGACUGCUGGCAGGCGCCAGGUGGCGGCACGAACAACGUCAAGAGAGGAGAAGGGAGCAUGGCAGGAAGAAACGGUUCCUUCUGCAGCAGCGCAAACAGCUAGAGGCCGACCGCAGUCAGCUGAUAUCGGCCGGUGUCAGCGCGGACGAGGUGCUGAACCUGCUGGAGGACACGCUGCUCAAGGAUGACGGGGAGGAGGCGGACGUGGAGGAAGGCGAGGAGGGAGAGGGAGAGGAGGUGGAGGAGGAUGAAGAUGAGGGAGAGGAUGAGGACUUUGAGGAUGAGGACGAUGGUGAGAAUAUAGUGUAGCGAGAUAUUUUAGUGCUCAUUGCAUGUGAAGUGUCAAAUUAAGCUCGUUUUUAUUGAGAUUUGCGUCCGACUAUGUUUUUAGAUCCACUGCGCCCAUUUACCGGAGGACGAAGAUGCAUUACAGGACGUCGUGGCAUUUGUUAGAGCAUGUCAUGGGCUGCACAUAACCGAUUUCCUCAAUGAUGCUGACACCAGAAGUUGUAAAUGCUGAUAGCAUAUUCUGGUGUUAGCUUCAUUGUUAAGAUAUUACGGGCUAUGUGUGGUAUGGUUUGUUCUAAUGAAUGUCAUGACGUCCUGUUUGUGUCUUCGGUCGGUCCUUUGUUCGUGUGUCAGAUCUCUAGAAAACCGUGUUUGUGUUUUAUUGUUAAUCGUUGUGUGAAUGACCUGAACAUACGCAAUUUGACUUAAAACCUAGCGAGCACUUGUGUCAACGGUCUCUGAAUUGGUACUCACCAGCUUGAGGCUUGCCCCUGUGUUGCUGCGCAUUUCGUCCUUUUUUCGUUGGUUUCUUGUUCGUGGGUAGCACCACUUGAGAGCGAAACUCGAAAGGUCCAUGAACUGAAAUAAAAACACGGUUAUUUGGGACGCCAAGUUAAAUAACCGAUGCUUUUGGAAAAGGUUACGCGACAGAUCAGCACAAUUUAAUGGAGCAGCUGUUCUUGAGUCACUUUGACGAUCGAGCCGGAGCAGCAGGUUUUUAGACAGAUAAACGAUAAACCUGAAAUGUGUGUUUGUACUGUUUCCGGGCGUGAUACCUCCCCUGCUGCUGUUAUCUUCCCCGCCCCGGCCAGGCCGCUCCGCGCCGCUGCCGGUCGGGAAUACGAGUAUAUAUUCUCAGUUUCAUUAUGCAUCGAGCUGCCGUGUUAUUGCUGCGCUAUAAGGUGCUAACUCGCCGCGAUUUGUCGUCAGGCUGUAUAUACCUUGGUCAAAAGUGACGGUCACUCAAGCAGUGGAUGGCACUUAUAGUUGCUACAGGUGUUCCUUACAACGCUAAUGAAUUAGCUAUUGAUGGGUUGUAUAAAAUAUGCAUUACAGGGGAUGAAAACAAGUGAAGUGUUAAAUUAAUAAGUGAAAAGUGCAGCAUUGUUUUCUCUACGGAAGUGUAAGAAAUUUGUCACGUUUCAUCGGAAAAUAAAACAAAACGGCGAACAAAGAAUCGCUUAGUAAAUUGUGAGUAGCAUUCGUAAGCAUACACCUAUCUCGGCAUAAAAUGGAUUAUUUUGAGUGCAAACAUGGGCCUGAAUAUUGGAGAAAGAAAAACAAAAAUUGGAAAACAAGUACUCAGUACAAGCAACGAAUACCAUGUCUAUUUCCGGCCCAACCGCCUCGAAAAUUUGUGCUGGCAAUGAAGACAGAACCGGUCAUCGUAACCAUGCGUUUCUUAGGAAUCAAAGAGGAAGAAGAUUUGACCAAUCCAAUGCCUCGUCUGAGGAGAAAAUAUCUCCAAAAACUGUACAAUGCGCGUUCCAAAGUGGUGGUGUUCCAACAGCCUUGCGGUCUUUAUGCCCACAUGGUGUUUUCUAAAGUUAUCCGUCCUCGUGAUCACAUAACAUUCAGGUCAAUGCGUCGGGAGGGCCACCCAUUCUCACUGACCAUCUAUGUCGAUGGCUUUGACGUGACUCGAGUGAGCCAGUGCUGUGAGUACCGUCGGCAGGCUGGCGAACAUGUGGGCGGACCUCACGGCCACUUUAUAAUGGUGGACGUGGAGGGUGGCUAUCCAUGCUCUCGCUGCAUGGCGGCGAGAGACUAUCGCCUUCAGAAACAAGAAAAGGUGUUCCGUGACCUCGAUCGGCAGCUGCACGAAACAGUUCACUCUGCACGGAAGAAAAUACAGGCUUUGGAAGAGGAUUAUCUAGCAGACGUGGACUCCCACAAGUCUGUCAGCCGUCGGUCUACAACCUCAGCUGUGGGCAGCGCUGGCUCCGGCUCGCCGAAACAAGUGGUCUCGGUCACCGUCUCUUCCGCGAAACGGAAAGCGUCCGCCGCCUCUGCCGGUGGCAGUGUGAGUGCGAGCGGUGAGGACGGCGGCGAGGAGGGAGACGACAGCGGAAGUGACAGUGGAAGCGAUAGCGGUAGUGAUAGCGACUACGGAGGCGGGUCCAGCAGCGCUGACUCAGGCAGCGGCAGCGAUUCCGGGUCCGACAGUGGGUCUGAUGAAGAUUAAAUGACGUGGACGUUUGAAUCGCUAGUGUAAUCUGCUUGAAUGUCUCCUACUUUAUUACAUGUCGGUUUAAUUCACUUUGAUUAUACGCAAAGGACAACCUUUUAAUAGUUUGGCUCGCUUUCGAGUCACAAGGGACAUAAAUGCUAAGAUCGCAGCCCAAUUACUUUUGAAUUUUACUGAAUGAAUUUUACUGUGGCGAACCGCAUCCGAAACGAACGUGUCAAAGGACCCCACUUGAAAACUGACAAGAGGGGCAGCGUUACUGUUUAUUGGUCGCGUUUUGUAACGAUUGUGUUUCUAGUCAAUAUAAGAUGGUCAAAU